CGGACCCUUUUUUGCAAAUAUAAACCGGCCAUCUACAUCCAUCCAAACAACCACCACCCAUUCUUCUUCACCCUCAACCAUCACCGCGGGACGACAGCACCUAUAUCCUUCAUCGGCCCACACCUCUCCUGCUCUCACAAGGCCAGAGAACAGCUUGCCCAUCCUUCUCCUCCUCCUCCUCGAUCUCGCAUUCCAUCUUCAAGACAACACAAUGUCGUUUCUUCUCGACGUCGCCGACCCUUCUAUUCACUUUCAUGCCCGUCAGUGCUGUCACAGCACCGGUUCAAAAUCCUUAUCCUCGCUAGAUACCAAAGCUGCCUCCCCUGCUGUUCCCUCCUCCCUCCCCUCAAUAUCUCUCCCUUCCGCUAAUAGCACAACCGUGACAGCGGCACAUUCCUCCUCAAGCUCGAGCGCAAAACACAGCCUGUUUCCCCAUGCUUCGAUAUCGUCGGCCAUGACACCAUUAACGCCCAGCCCGACUGCCAACAUGUUUUCAACCAUGUCCCAUAUGAUCCGCACAGCGUCGUCUUCAUCCUCUGUCUCCUUAUCAUUCUCCGCGAACGCAACGCCAAACUCGUCCCGUCCCAGCACUCCCGAGGCCAUCCAUGUUUCGGAUCCGUUUACGAUAAGUCAGACCUCCGCCGGCGGAUUGAUGCCCGCCGCAAACACGAAUACGAAUACGGUUCGACGUCCGCUCUCGCCCUGGAUGAUGCCCUCAGUCUGCGACGAUGAUCAAAUGAACAAACUGGUGUCGUUCCAGCUUUCAUAAACAAGUGGAAGAGCCGCCCAGUUUUAGGAUGGACUUUUUCUUUUUGGAGCCAUUAGGCGAGGCAGCAGGGGUGGAAGGGAUAUUUGGGCGAAGGGAGAUGUCAACUCUUGUCCUUUAUUCUUGCUGCAUGCACUUUUUGUAAUACUAAUAUAUGUAAUGAUACUAGAAUAAUAAACACCAUAGAAUCUGUACAAAAAAAA